CAAAGGUAUGAAAAGCCUAUUAAUUAAUCAGUUGAGAAAGUUUGAUAGCUAGAUGUUUACUCGUGUGUUUUAAAUGCAUAAAUACAUUUUUCAUAUUUUAACAUAUUAGAACCACAAGUGUUUUCUUUUCUUAAUUAUUUUUAACUAACCGCAAUGGCAAUUGAAAUGGAAAAAUGGGUUAACAAAAAUAAAUAUUGGUUCGCACUAGUAACGUCACUAAAUUAUGGUGGUAUCGAUGUUUGUUUACGAAUUUUACACGACGAUUCGUUAUCUACUAGUUUACCGCGCGAUCCAAGUUUACUUUUUAAGAGUUUAAGGAAGCACAAGGGAUUUUUUUAUAACUUGUUAAAACACGGCGUUGUUUCAUUGAUCGAGUAUAACUUGCUCUAUAAUUCCGAAGAGGAAGUGGAUUCGAGUGUAUUUGAUUUAGGGCUAAUAAUUACGCUUUUACAAGGAAUCGUUUUGCCUGAACCAAUAGAUGGUUGGCUGCAUCCAAAUUCUGAAGAUACUUCCGUGUCUGCCUUUCUAGUAAGCUUAAGAAAGUUUAAGGAUAAAAUAAAUGAAAUGAAAGUAACAAAACUUAUGAGUGAACUUGAGUUUCAUGAUUUAUGGGACGAGUUGAAUGAAAUUUUACAUGCUUUUUACUUUGAUACUGCUAUUCUGAAUGAUAUUUUUUUGACGACCACAAGGGAAACAUUUUAUUUCACUCCACCUUUUGACGUAAAAUUUGCGUCUGCGUUUAAUAGAUCAAAGCAUUUUUAUUUGGUUAAAGUUAUUAAUGAAGUGAGAGAAUUAUUCGAUCGCCACACUGAAAAUGUUACUACUGUGAUGAGCGUUGUACAGAAUUCUAAAAUAACGAAGAUUUAUAGCGAGUUAUCAAGGUUAAAAAAAGGCAUUGCAAACAUGUAUCGCUUGCAUGAAGAUUUUAUGUACUUUCAAUAUAAAGAUGCAUCCCCAUUGUUAACAGUUUGCGAACAACUGAAUUUAUCAAUAGGAUUAAAUGAUGAUUCUCUGGAUAGGAUUAUUGCCGAAUAUAAUUUUAACUUAGAAUCAAGUAAAAUGUUAAACAAAAAACAAAUAGUUGACCAAAAAAAUCAGAUGCAACCAAAUUCUAAACCAAAACAUUUUACAUUACAAAAAACUGCAGCCAUGAGCUGGUUUAGAAGGAACACUUUGAUGAAUCCCCCAACACAAGAAAAUCUAGCUUCUGCAUUUCAAACUGAAAGUAAUGACGAAAAAUCAUCUCUAGACCUGUCUUUAUUUAAUCAAGUCAAUGAACUUUACAACCAUGAAAAAAAUUCUUCAAAAAGUCCAUCAAAAGAGAGUCUAGCUGAUAUUUUUAGAGUUGAAACUAAUACAAAAGCAUCUACAGCUAAAUCUACACAUAACACAGUCAAAGAAAAAAAUUUAAACGACCAUGAAAACUACAAAUAUAAUUUGAAUGAUUCAUCAAAAGAAAACACUGCUGUUAAGACAAAUUCAAGUUACUCCCCAGAAUCAGCAUCAGAUAGCGAUAACAGAAAAAAAUCGAUUAACGAUGAUAAAUAUAAAAAUACUCCAGAAAAAGAACUAAACAGCACUUUUAAAGUUGAAAUAAAUAACCUAAAAUCUUAUCCUGACAAAUCUAAUAACUAUGAUGCAAAUAAGAUACAUUUAAACAAUGUAAACACAAGCACAAAUAUUUUAUUAAAAAUCGAAGAAUUAGCUGCAAAUUUUAAAAAUGGAAACCUAAGAACAAAAUCGUUUUCUUCAUUCGAAAUUAAUAGUGACACUAACGAAAAUCCUAUUAUCCAAGAUAAUUAUAGAAAUACUGUGAAGACGUCAAAUGAGGCUCAACCGCAUGCGCUCAAACCGGAAUACUUUAAAUCAAAAUCAUUUUCAGGUCUAUCCACAUUCAAUGGUGUAAACGAGAAGAACAUUAAUAUUGACCACAAAACAAAUUUAAAGAACUUAUUAGCGAAUAAAGAGUCAGACGCUUCUCUUCAAACUGAAAGGAAUGAUGCAAAUACAUCCCUAGAAGAAUCUGUAAACAAUCAAGAUAGUUAUAAAAAUAUUUCGGAUAAAAGACCAAAAGUACCACCAAAAAAUAAUUUUUACACUUUUAAGUCCGAAGAGGUAACUGCAAAAUCAUCUCUAAGCAAAUCCGAGUUUAAUCAUUCUAACGAAAGAAAUAUAUAUAUAGGUAACUACAAAAGUAGUUUAAACAGCUCGUCGACAAACAACGUCGACGACAUUUCUUUUCGAGCUGAAAAUAGUGAUUCAAGUUCAUCGUUAGAAAAAUCAGCAAACCCAAUUAAAAAGUACUUAAACAAUCAAAAUAGUUAUCCGUAUGCAUCUAAAAUACCACCGAAAGUUCCACCAAAGAAGGAAAAACCUGCUUCAGAUUUUAAUAUUGAGGAUAAUAAAGUGAACUUAAAAAAUUUGAACAACCAACAUAACAAUUAUACUACAAAAAGUUUGAAAUCGGAUGAAAGUUGUUCAUUAGAAAAAGAUAUCAAUAAAAAUGUUUUAAAAACUCCCACGUUAUUUAAAACUAAAACGUUUAGGCGUGAUGGAAUUCCUCAAAGUAUGUUUUACGAAGGUAAAUUGAAUAACUAAGAAGAAAAAUUUAGUUAAAAACAAACUUUAAUAAAAUGUUUCUAAAAUAUAUUUUAUCAUUUUUAAAAGUAUUUUAAAAUUUUUUUUUAAGUUUAAAGUGUAUUGUAAAACCAAGUUUAUUUUAGCAAUUUUUCUGUUUAACGUUUGAAUUGUAACCAAAAAUUGUAAAUUGUAUUACUAGACACAAAAUAAAUGGCCAAAAUAUGUAA